AUGGCUUCUGGUAACCUGGUCGCCAUAGCUCCUUGGCACUCUGUAUACCCGCCUCCUCGUGACGUGGAACUGAAGUCUAUAACACGCGAUGCAGUGUUGCAAAUGAUGAAAGAUAGCGAGAGUGUCGCUGCCAAAGACUUUCUUCUUAUUGACCUUCGUCGCACAGAUUACGAGGGAGGUUCAAUACGCGGAUCUAUCAAUUUGCCUGCACAAAGCUUGUACCCAACGAUACCGACGCUAUACAGCCUUUUUAAAGCGUCUGGACUCCAUAAGAUCAUCUGGUACUGCUCUUCAUCCCGAGGGCGAGGCUCACGAGCUGCCGGCUGGUUCAGGGACUAUAUCGAUAAACGUGGCGAUAACGAGAUGGAAAGCUUAGUUCUGUUCGAAGGUAUUAAGGGAUGGGCUACUGCGGGAAGCGAAUUUGUGAAUUGGAUGAAUGAAUACGACGCGGCUUUCUGGGAGAAAUAG